AGACACUCACUGGUUUUUCCCUCAUGGGUAAAAGUUUUCUGCUUAUGUCAAACUUGGAAAAAGAGCAUUAGCCACAUUUAUGUUUAGUAAAGGUGUCUAAAUAAGCCUCUUUCAGGGGCUACAUUUAUGAAAUGAUGCUCUGAACAAUGAUGCGGGAGACUUUAUAUAGGUUUCACCUACUGGCGUACUUCUCUGUAAUUGCCUACCUUGAAAAAGUAGUGUAGCAAAUAGUCUAGAUUAAACCACAGUUUGUAUUUCGAAAUGGUUAGCAUUGAUAAUUGGACGACCGGUUCCAAUGAUAAGCGCCUACUCCGAAAUGCUCGUGUGAGUGAUGACUUCUCGUAAAAGAUCUUCAUACAGAAGAAAGGCAUCUGCUCUGACUGGUCUUGAGGCACUCAAUUCAUUUAAGGUUCCGAAGAAACAAAGUAAUUUACCCCUCCUUGAAGCUGUUGAUUUAAAAUCAGUGGAUUACUCUGAAGAAAUAUAUCCUCAGAUAAAUCAAAGUUUUCGUUUCCCACAGCUUUCAGUUCAUUUUGAAGUUGGCGAAGCAUGGUUCAUUCAUAAUAAAACACUUGAAGACUUAUUUUCACAAGCGCGUAAACGACUUCAAAAGAAUCCUAUCAAUAAUACUAUUACAGGCACAGAAUUAAGUUUGUGCACUGGUUUUCUAGUCGUCAGAAAUUGGAAAGAUGUAGAAAAGAUUGCUGCUGAUGGUCUUGAUCCAGGAAAUGAUCCAGACACUUGGCUUGGUCAACCUAAAUCAGGUCUGACAGUAAAUCAAUGUGCAGAUUUAACUAUUGCUCGAGAACAAAGUCUUUUGUCGAGUAAAGAUAUUGAUCAAUUCCUAUACUUAAUCCUGGUACGAUGGGUCAAGUCACGAGCGUAUAUUGUCUCACCUGAAGCUGAAAAAUCCAAGGAUCGUUUAGAACCUCAACCUGGUUAUGCUUGUCAUGUGUCUACAUGGUCCCGUAUGGAUGUGUUGGAUCCAGGCAAAUUAUCUUUAGAGCAAGCGUUUCAUUUAUCCCAGGUUUAUUUAUAUGAAUUUGAUGAAGACUUAGAAUUACGUGCAAAACUUGAACAUGUUAUGCCGUAUGCUGUUGUAAAAUGUCGUUGGAAGUUAACUACUGAUGCAGCUCUAAAACUUGAUCCAAUCUCUACAGCGAGUGGAUCAAUUUUAAUUAUAACACCUAAAAAACCUGAAGUGAUGAAAUGUUUUAUACCUACGAAUCGUACAGCUCUUCUACCAACUCCACAAAUUCCUCGUAUUGGUAAAAAAACUCGUAAACGCUCACGAACAAGUAGUAUACCAACUCUUGAAACUAAAUCAAAAUCUAUAAAUAAUCGUCGUCCUACUGCGCCAAGAGGUGAGAAUCCUUAUCAGUAUGCAGCACGAGGACUUUUGCGUAGUCCACCUAUGCCUAGUGGAACACUUCGCAGUCCUCCUCUUUCGCCUAACUCUGCACCACCACCACCACCAGUUACUACUCCUAUUCCUCCUGCAACCUGUUAUCCUGUUGAUGGUAGAAUAGAUGACAAUUCAGAACACUUUUCUUCACCAACAUAUUACCAACAGUCUACCGGUGCUAUAACUUCUCUUAUAGCUUAUGCAAGAAAAUUACAAGCAAAUACUUGUGAAUUGCUUCAAUUUACUGACUACUCUGAGAUGCCUGCUAAUGAAAUGAACAAUGCUCAAAAUGUUGUCGGUAUUGCACUACUUAUCUGGGGUUAUCCAGUACCAGAGUAUUCUUUAACAGUAGAAAUAUCUACUUUUCGUAAAGGAAAAUUAACUUUAUUUGACGGCAUUUUUCAACCAUGCCUGCAUAUUCAACGUUUGGUGCCGCAUACAUCUCUACUCUAUGAAUUGGCUGGUUUAAAACCAUGGUCUACAAUACCCUAUAAUGUCAAUAAUGGACCUCCAUGUUUGUUAGCUACUAUUUCACGUGAUCAAGAAUGGUGUAUUCCACGAGUGCAUUCAACUAAAGCAUCAUCUUUACAAUCUGAUCCAAGUCCAUUUGCCGGUUAUCGUGGUAAUUAUUUCCGAAUAACUUUACACGAAUCUGGUGGACGUCGUACAGAAAUGGCGCAGUUUUGUCAAGCUUUAUAUGAAAGAGGAAUGGCUGGUGUGAUUUCUAUGCCGUGCGAUGAAUCAAGUAUAAUGUUCGUAUUCCCUGAGUGUCAAUUCUCUCAAUCAAUUGGCAUACCUCCAGCUGACACUUUGGAUACAAACAUCUUACAUGCAAUAUUACUUACUCCGCAUAAUCUACGACGUUAUCCAUAUAGUGAAAUGUGUUGUCAAUUGUCUACUAGUGAUUUCAGUUCAGUUGUAUUUGCUAAAGCUGAUGCACCUAUGGGAACAGCUUCGGAUGAACUUUUCGGUCAACGUAAACCACAAUGCCACAAUAUGUCCUCGAUGCAACUGAAACUUCCAUUGAAUCAUAUUCUUACAACACUACCAGUUAGUGGAAGAAAUCUUCUCGGUACUACUUUAAUCUCUAUGCUAUCGUGUAAUCAAAGUAUGAUUGACAAUACUGGUCCGCCUAUUGGUGUAGAAUCUACACAUCCAGUGACGACAACAUCAUCAAGUAUCCAUGAUCCUAGACUACAACAAUAUCCAAAUGCUCAUUUAGAUCCCCGACUACGUCGUCGUCAAAUGUACACAGAGGAACCAGAUUUGUAUGCACUGGCUACUGCAUUAUUGUCAUCAAAAUCUCAGGAAAAGAAGCAGACAACAGUAACGGUGACAACGACGAUGACGACAUCAACAACAACGACAACUUUACAGACAGAGGAUUCAACACCCUGUGAACAAUUGAAAUGUACAGAUGAGCAAAAUCAAUCUAUUGAAAAAUGCUCAUCCAAUGUAAUACCUCCUAAUGAAAAUACCAUUGUAGAGAUUCCUAGUGCAAAAGAGUUUAUUGCUGCUCCGUCUAGUCCAGAAUUAGAAUCUAAGGGUGGUUCCGGUGACGAUGGUUCAACUCGAUUAGUAUAUUCACAAAAUGUAACCAAAGAAAUUCCACUAGAUGUCCAGUUUGACUUUACGACUGAUGAUAAUAAUGCCACUACUACUACUACUACAAUGGCGACGAUGACCAGUGAUACUUCAAAACCACUUUCUGCGUCCAGUCCAAGUCUAGUACAAGAUACUUUUCCAAUUGUUCAAAAUAUAUCUGUUGAUAUGGAGCUUGAUAGUACUAUUAAUAAUGAUGAUGUUAAUAAUAAUAAUGAUCAAGGUGAACAGUCUAUACAUGUAUUGGACAAAAGUGAUAUGGAUAUUGAUAAUCCACUUGUCAAUGAUCAACAUCCUGCUGAUAGUGGUGCUGGUGGUGGUGGUGGUCGCGGCGGCGGCGUUAGCGAUAAAGACAUGUUAAUAUUACGACUUCGUGAACCUGCACCAAUACCACAGCCAAUAACUAGUAUUUGGAAUUAUCCACGAAAGAUACUAGCUCUAGCAUCAACAUUAUCACCAUCACCAAAGAAACAACGACGAUCUAGUCUGUUGUCUAAUGAUAAUUUGCAUAAGACAGCGUCAACACGUCAUCGAUCUACAACUAGUAAUAAUAUCCCUAAAGCAUAUUCAUCAUUAUUAUCACCUCCAUCAGACAGUAGAUCUAUACAUAGACAUUCUCGUCGUAGUGAUUAUCGUCAUCAUCGGCAUGAUUAUCGACGAUCUCGUAGUCCUAGUUAUCAAAAAUUCAAGUCAAAACCUUCAUCUUAUCAUAUUGAUGAUGAUGAUAGAUACCACAGAUCCCCUUCAGAUUCAAGAUAUGAUUCUGAUGAAAGAUACAAAUCUAGUAGUGAUAGAUAUCGAUCAUCGCAUGGUAGAAGUCAGGCUGUGUCAAGAAGAUCUAGAAAUAAAGAUAACCGAUAUACACAUCGUCGACCAUAUAACGAUGAUGAUGAUGAUAGUGAUAAAGAGGCUGAUGGUGAUUGUAGGCGACCUUCUUCAUACAAACAUUCACGUGAUCGUCGUCAUAAUCCUCCUCGUCGUCGUCGUCGUAGUAGUAGUUCAUCAUACACAGAUUCAGACAGUUAUCAACAACAGCGUUAUCGUUAUCGAGGUCGUUCAUAUUCCCGUGAAUCAUCAUCUAAUUCGCAUAAUAAUAGUAGUAGUAAUAAUAAUACACCUGUUCGAGGUCGGAAAUCCUAUCAUCAUUAUAACUCAAAUGUAAAACGUCAACAACAACAGCAACAACAACAACGUGAUAAUCAGUCUCUGAAUAACUCACAAUCAGACUCUGCUCAACUGUCAACUUCUUCUUCCUCGCCUAUCAUUUCUACUGGUGCUGCUACUACGCUUAGAAAUGAUUUUAAAACGAAUAAUACUUCUGAUACAAUAAAAUUGGAGUGCUCUAAACAAAACGAUAGUAUUUCUCAUUGCCAAAGUUAUAAUAAAAACGAUAAAUCACAUGACGAUGGUGAUAAUAAUAAUAAUAAUAAUGAUAAUACCAGUAAUUGUAUCGAUAAUAAUAGUGAUGAUAUUCCCCCGAUAGUUAACAACACAGAUAUCUCAAAAACUGAGAGUUCAACUGGUUUCACUCCUGUUGCUGUUAAUCUUGACUAUGUUCAACCUAGCCAAAUUGAUACAUCUACAGAUGUAAAUGUUAAGAAUAAUGAUGACCCUAUUGUUACCACCAAUGUAGACCCUCUACCAACCUCAUUAUCAUCAUCACCACCACCACUACCACCAACAGUCAUUUCUGUUACACAGUCAAGUAAUCCAGUAGUCGAUGAAAGUGAAGAAGGUGAAGUAUUCGAUGAUGACGGAGAGGAGUGUGAUGAUACCAACGAUGAAAUUGUUCAAAAUAAUCAUAAUAUCACAUAUAGUACUUUGAGUAGUGAUUCAAGUAUUGCGUUUAAUGAUACUGUAGAUGUGAAGAAAGCAACGUCAUUAUCAUCAGCAGCAGCAUCAUCUCGAAGUGCGAAUCUCGAUGAUCGUGGAUCAUAUCAUCAUCAUCGUGAUCAACAGCAACAGCAGCAGCAACGUGAUAAACACCAAGUUCCAAUGAUCAGAAAUGCUCGUCGUAUGAAUAAAUCACAUCGUCAAAUUGAGGAGAAUAAUAAAAAUGAUGAUGAUAAUGAUGAUGAAGAGGUGGUGCUUGAUCGACGUUCAUUCCGACCUUUACAGAUUGGCUUUAUUUUAAAACAUGUGACUAAACAUUAUAGUUCUGAGAGGGAGAUUUCCUCUACUCAUGAAAAUGCCAACACUACCACUACAAUGACGACCACAGGUGAUACUACCACUCAUACUGAAGACGACUAUCAUGUAGUCGAUGAAACGUUUAGUUCUAAUGAAAAAUCAAAUCCUUCAAUGGUAGAUAUUGAUAUGUCUUUAGAGGAUGAAGAUAUGAGACAAGAUGAGCAGGAUACUACAACGCAUUAUCGUGGUAGUUUCCAUUCACUCAGUCCUUGGCCCCUAGGAAGAAAUACUAGUGAUAAUUGUUUUUCAGAUCAUGAUGAUAGACUUACUGAAGGUUAUAAAGAAGAUGUUGAUUAUAGAGGACAUUCAAUGCAUUUUUCGUCAAGUGGAAAUCAGCAUCAUCAUCAUAGACCUUCAUUGCUUGGAGAUUAUUCAGUGUCUAGUGGAUCAGAAGCGAAGCUUAAGUAUACAUUUUAUAAACCAAGAGAAUCUGUGUCCUCCUCCACGUGUUUAUCGAAAUCUUGUCAUACCACAUUGUAUUCCUCUUCAAGUCCACCAUCAACAACUGUACUACACGACGGUGGAGAUCAGCAUUGUUUACUAGAGUCAAGAGAUGAGACGUCAUCUUCGUCCAGUGUAUCACGUCAUAUCUCUACAGAGUAUUCUAAUUCACAAAUCUCAACACAGUAUUUUGUUAACCAGACUAAAGAACCAACAGCAUUGUUAGGUUAUCCGAAUGUACCGUUUAUGGCAUAUACUGCUAACAAUCCGAUCAGUUCUUCUUCCUUUUGCUAUCCCCCUGUCACUAAUAUGACAGCUGGACUCCUGCCUUUGCCUGUACAAAAUCAACCACUCCAGCAACAACCUUUUAACUUAUGGCCAUUAACAACAACAACAACAGUAGCACAUCAAUUCUAUCCUAAGACUAUGAAUAUUUUCACUCAUCCACCAAAACCUUGGCAGUGAUUUUUCCCCUUUAAAAAGAUUCUUUUUCUCCUUCUAAGAAACUAGUCACCAUCAUGAGAUAUACUACUUUCUUCUUUGCUCCCCUUCCACUCCUUCUUUUUUUUAACCGUUUACGAGCGACUUAUCUCGAUCUACUUGCAUUUAUAUUAUUUUGUAUAGACGCGUAUGUACUACUUAUAUAUUUUUUUGUCAGUAGUACUGACCGUGUGUGGGAAGUUGAUUUUUUAAAAUUUCUUAUAAAUAUUCACUUCUUUAUAAUCAGUUUCGUUUGGAUCACUACCAUUACUGUUGUAUGGUAUGUGUAUGCGUGCGUGUGUGUGUGUACAUAGAGAAGAUGACGUGCGUACAGACACCAACUGUUUGAUUGAAUCUUCUUGUUGUCAUUAUUCAACCAAACAUACAGAUAUGGCAAUAUUUAACACACGACAUAUUAUUGUCGAAGAGAAUAUAUACAUAUAUAAUAAACUGUAAAGUUACUUAUAUAAAAUAAGAUUUUUUUAACGAAUACAUAUGCUAUUUAUUUAA